AUGGAGAGUAUUAGUUUGUCUGGGCAACCUCCUCCUAUACUAUCUAGUGAGGAACUUACUGGGGUGGAAGCAGAAGCUAUGGAGAGAAAUCAAUCUCAGCAGCAACAUUCAAAAAAGCAUGGCACAUCUUCCUUAAGGCAUCAUAUGCUUAACUGCCUAAAGAAUCCUCACUCCAAAGAUGUUAGACAAUCUCUGCUAACAUUUCAGCCUGUGGUUAGUCCUAGUCCAGAGACGGGGGUUAAUGUGCGGGUCUUAACUACUUGGGUGCUCAAUCAAGAUGCAAUUAGGAGGGCCCUAGCAGAAAUGAUACUCAUUGAUAAGCUUCUUUUCAGAUUUGUAGAGGGGCAGGGGUUUAGAAAAUUUAUUCUUGUUGCAUGUCCUAGAUUUAAGAUCCCAUCUAGAUGGACUAUAAUUAGGGAUAUUUAUCAGAUUUUUUCUGAUGAGAGAGUAAAUCUGAAGAAACUGUUUAGGACUUCCUGCCAAAGAGUUAGUAUCACAACUGAUACUUGGACUUCUGUCCAAAGGAUAAACUAUAUGUGCAUCACUGCACAUUUUAUAGAUAACCAAUGGAAGCUACGCAAAAAGAUCAUAUCAUUUGUCCCUGUCACCUCACAUAGGGGUAAUGACACUGCUAUGGGUUUCUUCAAAAACAAGUUGCUGUCUUGGGGGGUUUCUUCUGUGAAAUGCAAUUAUGUGCACAUGAGAUGUAUUGCACAUGUCUUAAAUUUGAUUGUCCAGGAUGGGUUAAAGGAUGUAGACAGUUCUGUAAAGAAGGUGAGGGAUGCAGUUAGAUAUGUGAGAAAUUCUCCUGCUAGGCUAAAAAAAUUCAGGGACCUUACUGAUUUAAUAGGGGUGGAAGCCAAGUCUAGUUUGACUCUUGAUGUACCAACUAGAUGGAACUCAACCUACUUGAUGCUUAAGAAUGCAGUCACAUAUCAACAGGUAUUUGAGGCCUAUGAAGAAAAUGAUAGUUCAUUCUCCACUGAUUUAGGUGAAUCUAUCCCAGAUUUUAUGGAUUGGUAUUCUGUUGAGCAUAUGGUGAAGUUGCUUAAAUGUUUUUAUGAAAUGACCCUAAGGAUUUCUGGUUCUCCAUAUGUGACUGCCAAUAAUUUCUUCUCUGAAAUUUCUGACUUGUCUUGCAUGCUGUCUGAAAUGGUGGAAGCUGAAUCUGCCUCUGUUAAUCUGAUGGGUUUAAAUAUGAAAACGAAGUUUGAGAAAUAUUGGGGUGAUCCUGAUAAAAUGAAUGCCAUCAUUUUUUAUGCAAAUAUUUUGGAUCCAAGGGAUAAAAUUGCAUACAUGCCAUACCAGUUCACACAACUGUAUGGUGAUGAUAAGGGAGAAUCUUGUUUCAAAAAUGUUUUAACUUGUCUGAAGAAUUUGUUUGAUGACUAUGUGCAUGGUUCAUCUGUCAGUGUUGAUUCUGCUACUACUGUCACUGGUACAUCCCAGUCCCACUCUCAAUCUGUCACCAUUGGUAGACCACAGUCUAAACUGAAAUCUCAGUUAAAAAAGCAAAGAGCAGAGAGUGGUGAGUUAGGAGGCAAAAAAACUGAGCUGGAAAUCUAUCUAAGUGAGGAAAUUGUGGAGGAUGAAAAUCCCGAUUUUGACAUUUUAAAUUGGUGGAAGAUCAAUACUACCUCUGAAUCUGCUUUUAGCACUAGUGGGAGAGUGCUAGAUGCAUUUAGGAGUUCAUUAACUCCUAGAAUAGUGGAAGCACUUGUGUGUGCCCAAGAUUGGAUGAGGUUGCCAAAUCAACCCAUCUCAGUAGAAGAAAAUCUGGAUGAAGUGGAGAGAUUAGAAACAGAACUGGUGAGUGGCAGUGGAGCUGGGAGCAGUGAAGUUGGUUUAUCACUUCCCACAAUUGCUUUGCCAAUUGGCAAAAUGGCAAGUGGUUGGGCAACUAUUAUUUGUUGCUGCCAUUUUGCAAUUUGCCAGUUUGGACUGUUGGAACUUGGAACUAUGAGGCAAGAACAAAUGGAUAAUUUGCAAGUUGCAACAGUUCACCUUCACAGAAUAUCAGCUACACUUAGUUCAGUACUUCAGUUAGUUGGUUACUUGAUGCCCCUAGUUGGCAAAGAUUGGACAAUUUGUUGUAACUUGUAA